CCUAGAAAAUGAUUGACAUCCAUUGCCUUUCUCAACAUGUUUUUACUUUCUUUGUCCACUGGCUCAGCAGAAGGGUCCUGUUUCUAAAGAAGAGGAGCUGCAGGAUUGUUAGCUCAAAGUGAUCUGUGUUGGUGCUGGAGGUAACCUUGGCAAAUAGCCUAGUCCCUGAGCAGCAGAAAGUGGUAGAAAAGGCGAACUCCUUUGGGCUCAGCUCCCACACUGAGCGAGCUAGAGGAAGGGUUCGCAGCAGGCACCACCGAGGAGCAGGCUGCCCUUUCAUCCCAGUGGCAGGAGUGGUGCUGUGGAAUCAAUCUUUGCUUUGCGUUGGAGGCGGGCGUGAGAACUCCUACAGAAAGCAGUUCGGAUAAAUGCAGGCUUGGCGGACAGUGCCUGGGCCUUUAUGCCCCAGAAGUUUGCUCUUCUUCCUUCUAGUCCUCUUGAAUGAUAGGCUUCAUGCAUAGGCCAUCUAUCACCAUCCCAGCCUACAGAGGAUCUCCUAGUUCCUUGGAACACCGGGCAGCCCUUUGAAGCAGCAAGUCAGCCUCCCAGCUGCUCUGCACAGCAACACUGUGAAGGGAAACUGAGGCCCAGAGAAGGGGUGCUCAGCACAGCCAGCAAAAUCACUUGGAACCAGCAGCUGCCCCUCCAGCCCUCCAGUCCAAUGCAGUGAUCUGCCUCUGACCAGUUAAAGCUGGUGGCUUCUGCACAUGGAGGAUGAUGGCAAAGACCAAUGGGGUGCAGGCUUCCCCUGCCAACCGUCAGCAAAGCGUCUCUGCAAAAAUGACCACCAAAGGUGACCUGGAGCAGACCCAGGUCAGCAACCACAACAGCAGACUUCCCUCAGUUGAUGACGAUGAUGUCUCCUCAGAGCUGCAGCGGGUGGCUGCCUUGGAGGAUGCAGACCACCCCAAAAAAGGGGGCCUCUCCAGGAUAGCCCGGCUGGUGAUGGCUGUCCGGGGAUGGGCAAAAAAAGGUUUGAAAGAAGAGGAGAGGCCAGACUCCUUCCUUGAGCGCUUUCGAGGACCAGAUGUGAAGAAUUUGGCAUCAGAGUCAGCAACAGCCGGUGGAGAUGGCCUUGCAGGCCAGGGGAAAAAGAAGAAGAAAUGGAAAGUCCUUGUGGUGGACCCUGCUGGGCAAUGGUACUACCGCUGGCUCCUGGUUAUUGCAAUACCAGUUCUGUACAACUGGUGCAUGCUGGUUGCAAGAGCCUGUUUCAAUGAGCUCCAGAGAAGGUACUUGCUCUGCUGGCUGCUUCUGGACUACCUCUCGGACAGCAUUUACAUCUUGGACAUUGUCAUCCGGAUGCACACAGGUUAUCUUGAGCAGGGAUUACUUGUUAAAGACUUCAAGAAACUGCGUGAUAAGUACAUUGCCACCUUGCAAUUCAAGCUGGAUGUCUUAUCCAUUCUGCCCACUGAUUUGGCAUACCUUGUGGUUGGCAUCCAUCGGCCUGAGUUACGCUUCAAUCGGCUGCUACACUUCCCCCGCAUGUUUGAAUUCUUUGAUCGGACUGAAACAAGGACCAGUUACCCAAACAUCUUCAGGAUAUGUAAUCUGGUGAUGUACAUUUUGGUCAUCAUCCACUGGAAUGCAUGCAUUUACUAUGCCAUCUCCAAGGCCAUUGGCUUUGGAGAAGACACCUGGGUUUAUCCAAAUAUAUCAGACCCAGAAUAUGGAUAUUUGACAAGGGAGUAUGUCUAUUGUCUCUACUGGUCUACAUUGACCUUGACUACCAUUGGUGAGACUCCUCCACCUGUGCGUGAUGAGGAAUACCUCUUUGUCAUCUUUGACUUCCUGAUUGGAGUUCUUAUUUUUGCUACUAUUGUGGGAAAUGUGGGGUCCAUGAUCUCCAACAUGAAUGCCACCAGGGCAGAAUUCCAGGCCAAGAUCGAUGCUGUCAAGCACUAUAUGCACUUCCGCAAAGUAAGCAAAGAAAUGGAAGCUAAGGUUAUCAGGUGGUUUGACUACCUUUGGACCAACAAGAAAACUGUGGAUGAGUGGGAGGUGCUCAAAAACCUUCCUGACAAACUGAGGGCUGAAAUAGCUAUCAAUGUCCACCUUGAGACCCUGAAGAAAGUGCGGAUAUUCCAGGACUGUGAGGCUGGGCUUUUGGUGGAACUGGUGCUCAAGCUUCGCCCUCAGGUUUUCAGCCCAGGGGACUACAUUUGCCGGAAAGGAGACAUUGGUAAGGAGAUGUAUAUCAUUAAGGAAGGAAAGCUGGCUGUGGUGGCAGACGAUGGUGUUACUCAGUAUGCCUUACUGACAGCAGGAUGCUGUUUUGGAGAGAUCAGCAUUCUCAACAUUAAAGGAAGCAAAAUGGGGAACAGGCGAACAGCAAAUAUAAGAAGCAUUGGCUACUCUGACCUCUUUUGCCUGUCCAAAGAUGACCUCAUGGAAGCUGUGACUGAGUAUCCAGAUGCCAAGAGGGUCCUAGAGGAACGUGGUCGAGAGAUCCUCACCAAGGAGGGACUAUUGGAUGAAGCGGAAGCUGCAGAAAGUAUGGAAGUGAUGGAUGUGGGGCAGAAGCUGGACAGGUUGGAGACCAGCCUGGAUACGCUAAACACUCGCUUCUCCCGACUCUUGGCUGAAUAUGAUGCAGCUCAGAUGAAGCUCAAGCAGCGCCUCACUUCUUUGGAGACCAAGGUGAAGGAAGACAAGCAGGACGAGCUUUUUCCUGAUGGCUUCAUCAGCCCACUGGGGGAAGAGGAAAAAACCAAGCCUUGAGGUCUUGCUUCCUACCCUUUCCUGCUCAUUUAUUUUGUUUACUUUGCUUGUAUGUUACUUAUUUCCCAAAAGGUGGCUCUCAUCAGACUGUCUUAUCACAAGAUCCAUUUCCAGACUGCUGUUCUUUACAUGGCCCUCUCCCUGUAGGACAUUCCUACAACUCUCACUAUGGUUUUCUUUUUCUCAUCAGUUAACACUGAUUAAUUAAUGAAUUAAUGAAUUCUCCCUUGAGCUGUUCAAGAAGCUCAGAUUCCCUGUUUCUUAACUCCCCCCAUAAACUCCUUUUCCUAGCCUCCUCCCAGAUGGGCCAAUGCAGACUCUCAGAUGUUCAUUCCAAAAAACAGCCAUGAAAUGGAAAGUAGACUAGUUGCCCCUGGUCUUACUUUGACUUCUACUCUUGUAACAAUAGCCCUUCUUCCUUUUGAAACAUAUUUUCACAUUUGGUUUCUACCAGCAGAU